UGCCUCCUGCACGCCCCCUACUGGGGACCGAGUCCGCAAUCUGGCCUCGUGCGCCGGCCUGGAAUCCCCACCGUUGCGUCACGCUGUCUGGGCUGACCGCUCUUACUUUCAAAAGUGGGUUAUUAAUGAUUGGCAGGACGCUGGCCCUCCCGGCUCUGUUUAGCCGUCUGCUCUGCCCCUUUGGGCGCUCAGUCUGCAGAUAGACGGCCUGCCAUUAGAGGCUCUCUAACCAGUUCUUUCUCCCCAGCCCUGUGAAAUUGAUCCGAGGCCUGAAGUUAAGCGGCAAAAUGAUGGCCUCAUCUCCCGCUGUCCUGCGAGCACCUGGACUCUGCCGAUGGGGCCUGAGAGGUUGGGCAUGGCUGCCCAGGCCUACAAACUUGAGGCCUGGUGACCCGGUCUCUGGGGCCACUGUCCGGAUGGCGGCGACAGUGACGGUGGAGCCCGGGGGCCGCUGCAGCUGGGACGAGCCCGUGCGCAUCACCGUCAGCGACCUGGCUGCGGGGCAGCGGGUCACGCUGCGAUCGUCCCUGCGCGACGAGAAGGGCGCGCUCUUCCGGGCCCACGCCCGUUACAGCGCGGACGCCCGCGGCGAGCUGGACCUGGCGCGCGCGCCCGCGCUGGGCGGCAGCUUCACCGGGAUCGAGCCCAUGGGGCUCCUCUGGGCCCUGGAGCCCGAGAAGCCCGGCCUGCGUCUGAUAAAGCGGGACGUGCAGACGCCUUUCUCCGUGGAGCUGGAGGUGCUCGACGGCCACGAGCCCGAGGGCGGGCGGCUCCUCGGUCGGGCGGUGCACGAGCGCCACUUCCUCGCGCCCGGGGUGCGGCGGGAGCCGGUGCACGCGGGCCGGGUGCGCGCCACGCUCUUCCUGCCGCCAGAACCUGGGCCCUUUCCUGGGAUUGUGGACAUUUACGGAGCUGGAGGUGGCCUUCCGGAAUAUCGAGCUAGUCUGCUGGCUGGGAAGGGUUUUGCUGUGAUGGCUCUGGCUUAUUAUAACUAUGAAGACCUCCCCAAGGGCAUGGAGAACAUCCAUCUGGAGUACUUUGAAGAAGCUGUGAACUACCUGCUUAAUCACCCUCAGGUAAAGGGUCCAGGAGUUGGGCUGCUUGGGAUUUCCAAAGGAGGUGAGCUCUGCCUCUCCAUGGCCUCGUUUCUGAAGGGCAUCACCGCUGCAGUCAUAAUCAAUGGCUCCGUGGCCAAUGUUGGAGGGGCCUUACACUAUAAGGGUGAGACCCUGCCUCCUGUAGGUUUAAACGUAAGUCGAAUCAGGAUAACCAAAGAUGGCUUUGCAUACAUUUGGGAUGCCCUGAACAGCCCUUUGGAAGGACCUGACCAGAAGAGCUUCAUUCCUGUGGAAAGGGCUGAGAGCAGCUUCCUGUUCCUUGUAGGUCAGGAUGACCAGAACUGGAAGAGUGAAUUCUAUGCUAAUGAAGCCUCUAAACGCUUACAGGCCCAUGGCAAGGAGAAGCCUCAGAUCAUCUGUUACCCAGGGACGGGGCACUACAUCGAGCCUCCUUACUUUCCCAUGUGCCGGGCUUCCCUGCACACCUUAGUGGGUAGACCUGUCAUUUGGGGAGGAGAGCCCAGGGCUCAUGCCAUGGCCCAGGAAGAUGCUUGGAAGCAGCUCCAGACUUUUUUCCACAAACACUUGGGUAGGGAAAAGGAGAUAAUCCCACCAACACUUUAAUCUUUGAUUGUGUGGCAUCUCUGAUGCUAAUUUAUCCCGGGAACAGCUGUUGCAAUUAGUGUGUAAGUGUAGUUUUUUUCUUUUUAAUAAUUACUUUAGAGUUUUUCCCUCCUCGCUGUUAAAAUAAACUUAGCAAUGAAUUUUCAAGA